AACAAAUAAAAAUACGUCCACUGGUGAGUUUAAAACCUGUUGAGCUAUAGUCCCAAGCCGUACAGUUGAGGAUGCCUUGUCGCCGAUCAUGUGGGAAUAGCUGGAGCUAUUCUUGGUCAACCCAGCAACCUGUUGUGCAGUACUAUUAUCCUGCACAAGCAGAAGCCCCACAGGUUCAGCAAGCCUCUUCUGCUGGGCAAAAAACUGAGCGCAGUAGCAAGUCGUCAGGAAAGUCGUUACCCAUCGCACCGGCAGACUUUGAAGGAGAUUACCAUGAGUACGGUAUGUACUUGCAUAACUGGUAUCGACGACGACAUGGAUCUCCACCAGUUACCAUGUUGGACAGGCUGAACAAAGCAGGCGACGCUUACUGCGCCAAACGUGCUGCCAUGCGAACGCUUAUGCACUCAUCUGGUUUGGACUACAAUGAAAAUCUCUUCAUGAGUUUUGACACUUCAAUUUCGAAAAAGGAGGCAGUCCGUCAAGCCUGCAAAUGCUGGUAUGACGAGAUUAAGCUUUAUUCUUUUUCCUCGCCUGGGUUUUCAAUGUCAACGGGACAUUUUAAGGCCAUGGUUUGGAAAGGAGUUACCAAAUUUGGCGUGGGGUGUUGGGAGGGGAACGGAUGCAUCGUUGUUGCAGGCUGUUACAAACCACAUGCCAAUAUGCAAGGCCAGUUUUCUUCUAACGUCCUACCAUACAGAGAGGUGGAUGACACUGACGAGGAGGAAGAGGACGAGGAAUCGGACAAAGAAAAGUCGAAACAACUGGAGAAUGUAGCAUCUCCAAACUCAAUAAAAUCAAAAGAGUCAUCAUCAGAGACCUCAAAAGGUGAUAUUCCCCCCGCUGCAAAGGAAGAUUUCGCCAAAUUGGCAGAUUCGGACGGAACAAUUGGCUGGGAAAAGCUGAACAACUGACUCAACAACUGUAUUAAAGUGGCUUUCAAGUUUGAUGGCUUUGAUAAGCUCAUUGCUACCUUGCUGAUAAGCGUAGCCACAAUUCCGAGUGGUGAGAAGCAGCGUAUCAAUUUGGCUGAGUUUGGGGUCAUUUUGGAAUGCGUGGAGGGUUUGCUCAACGCGUAUGGCACUUUUGACCGCGAUGGGUCGGGGAAACUGGAUCCAUUCGAGUUGAAGGAUAGCCUGGCCGAGGCUGGAUUCAAUAUCAGCUACAAAAUGUUUCUCACGUUGAAUUCUACGUUGGGAGACGGGGACAAGAUGCUGAUGAGUUUCAGGUCAUUUAUUUUAACGUUCCUGUUACUAUCCAACCUACAGGCUAUUCAACUUGUUCGAGAAAAGAGCAAGUCACAAGGAGGACUCAUGGAGGACUUUUCUCUUAAAGAGUGGAUCCAAUUGCAGAUUGAGAUUUGAGAAAACCUUAAUUAAAUACAUGUAUCAUCAAUUCAUCGUCACCAAUAAUAAGAGCCAUUAAAAGCUUGAAAUUUUAAUCCACACAC